GCAAAGAAUGUCGAGAGCCAGGGAUUUGAGCAUUACGGAGAAAGGGCGAGAAAGAAAAUCAAACUUUACCGAGUCGACUCUAGUUAUCAGAUUGGUCUGAUUCGGGCAUGUACAGUGGAUCUAGUGAUGGCGAGAGCCAUGAGGCUGCCACACAGAGGAAGAUGCCGCCUGCUUCGUCAAUGCUUGGGGUCAGAAAUCUCCGCCGGUACAUUGGGUGCGGUGCUGGCCUCGGAUCGGAAGUUCUGAUGGGACAUUUUUUUGGCUGAAUUUGCUGGCAAAUAAAUACUCCUACAUGCA